AGAUGUUACAAGUUUAGUUUGAAGAUUGUAGCAUUAUGCCAAAAUACAUAUAUGUUGAUUUGAAAAGUGCGUCUGGAUGUGUGAACGUCAUCGCAGUUGUUAAAUUUUUUGACAAACCAAAGAAAACAAAAGGUUCCGGAUAUUCGCUGUUUUUAUCUGUCACUGACCCUUCCUUAUGCGGUGAUAAGAUGUCAUGCAUCAUUUUUCAUGAUUCAGAAGAAAAUUUACCCCAGAUUCGCACUCCUGGAGAUAUUAUCAUCAUGCAUAGACUUGUUGUUAAACAGUAUAAUGGUCGUAACCAGGGAUGUGGUUAUGGCACUACUGGUUUUAGUGCUGCUGUAUUUUCUGGCGUGCCUUCUGACCCAUUGACUCCUUUCAAUUCACCUACUCAAUGCAGCUUUGGCGAAAAAGAGGUGGAAGUUGUUAAAAAUCUGAAAAAAUGGUAUACUUCUCCAGAUUGCCCAGUUGAAAAAGAAAAUCUAAGUGUAAGAAACACAUCAACACACAGUGGUCAACUUGGUGGGAUUUAUCGACCAGGAGUAAGAAGAAUAAGGUCUUUAAAAGCAGAUGAAUUCUGUACCAUUGAAGGUCAAGUUAUCAGUAUUUAUAAAUCUACGGAAACGGAUCGAACUCUUGUCAUUUAUAUAUGGGAUGGAGCAGUGUUACCUGGAGAACAAAACACAGUUUUUAUGGGUCCAUCUGAAAAACGUUUAUGUGAAAUGCUUCCUCAUUCUCAGCAUGAUCCACAACUGGCUGCUUUAACAGGACAUAAUUUACAACAUUGGAAUGAAAAUGAAAUUGUACAUCAAAAGAAAUACUCACUAAUAACUCCUCAAGACUUAAAAUAUUCUAAACACUGUAGAGGAAGUAGUAUUGACUUUACUGAUUGGUCUGUCCCAGUUGCCAUUUACGAUGAGCAUGUCGUUAGUGAGCCUGUUAAAAAUCUUAAACCUGGUGAUUUGAUACGUAUUCAUAAUGUACACGUUAUCUCUGGUCAAAGUAAACAUGACGACCCAUGUUCUUUACGUCUAAUAUUACAUGGUGGUAAAGCUAGAGAAUAUGGACGUGAAGUGAAAUAUUUGGGUGACUCUUGUCUAUUGAUAAAUCACUUAAAUGAUUCAUCAAAUGCAAGUGAAGAUACUGAACAGUUACCAAAUGAAGCAAAUCGAUAUGGUCUGUUGGAUAACUUAAAAGCUGGGUUGGAACUAAGACCACCGUUGCUUCACCCUCAACCUGAUUUCCUUCUGCCAUAUGAACUACAACAACCUUUGACAAUCUAUCAAAUAUACAAUCUUCCAUUAAUUGUCGAAAAAAAGGAAAGAGAGCUUCAAACCUGGGAUUUAUUAUUUCCCCUAACUACACAAAUCCUUCCCUCUGUUCCACCUUCUAGUUGGUUAGUAGUUGAUAAUCUUCCACGAAGCGCUUCCAACUUAAAUGUUGUCUGUACACGAUUAUGUGCCCGAAUUAUUGAUGUUGCUCCGCUCAGUGUUCAAGCAUUGAAAGAUUGUUUAUGGUUAACGUGUAAAAAAUGUUCCAUUUCGCAGAGAAGUUCUUGUAUUUCUAAUAUUGACAUAACUGAUUUUCGUUGUCGUUGGUAAAUUUUUCCGGGGACGCACCAAAUGUCGUAGCUGCCAUCUAGUGCUCGGACAUUGACUGUCAACUACCAAACUUUGGCUUAUAAAUGCAACACACACUGCAAAGUGGAUGACUUGUGUUCAAACAGAACGUCAGAGUUAUAUUUCUAAAAGUGUACUCAGUACUGACCUGAGAUAUUAAGUGUUUAUUAUUAAAUUAUUAUUCCCUUAUGUUCCCAGUGAAACAUAGAGUUUUAACAGCACAUCUCUAUUUCAUCUUGCCUAUAAGCUCUCACCUCCUGCUUACACGAUCUGCUCCAUGCCACUCUCGGAUGCCCAACUUGUCGUUUCUCAUUCGAAUUCUACUAGAGGACCUGACGCGUGGUAUCACUCGAAGUGUGCCUGAUACGUAUCCAUUUCCUUCAGCACAUUUUUUGGGCAAUAGGUUCUUGCUUGUUUUUUCGCUGCCUGCCACAUAUCCUUGAUGCUAACCUUUCUAGACACUUGACACUCAUUGUGGAGCGGAGACAGCUGCUGAUAAAAGUCUGAAGUGUGUUAGAAAUAUUUUUGGUGAUGCACCAAGUCUCUUAACCAUACAGAAGAACGACCUAAUAUUAGUGUUGAAAAUCCAAAUACUGUUUUUUAUGCUUAGUGAGACAAAUGUCCACAUUGAUUUCGGAUUAAUAGAAGUUCUUUUUGCUUCUUUUGUCCUGACUGGUUUCGACAUCACCAUCGGUGCCACCUGUAACUGAAACGGUGCUAGCUAGAUAAGUGAAAGAGGUGACUUCCUUCGGAUUUCCCCCGCUGAUAGUGAUUGGAGCUUGCUGCUGUUGCUGGUGACCAGUUAUCUCCAUCAUAUCUGUCUUCUCCGUGUGCACUUGAAGUCAAGCCUUCUCUGUUUCUUCUGCCAGCUUGUUGAUUUUCGCCUUCGAGUUUGCGGUACAUUUGACAUAAAUGAUCUGCGCAGUCCAGAUCUUCUGAAGUCUUCUUAUCGGUCCAACGUAUUCUGUUUUUUCUCACCCCACCCAGUUGACUAUAGUCAGGAUUAUCAUCUUUGACUUUAGGUAGCCUUGUCCUACUCCUGUCUUCGCUUCAAAAGCUUCCCUAAGCUUUCCGUUUACGAAGGAUAAAAUUUCAUAGUUAUCCAUGAGUUUAAGUAUUACCUUUCGUUUACACAGAAUAGAAAUGGAUUGGUCAAUUUUCUAACUAGUUCAUUUUUGUUAUCUGUGAAGUCCAUAAAUUUCAGUAGUUGUUAAUUUUCCUUCCAUAAUGAAUAAAAUAAAUUUUGAUAACGUCUUACAGUGUUAAACAGUAAUAUUUACUGAUGACGUU